AUGUUCAGUAUACGGGGAGUGGCCAGACAGAUCCGAUGGAACUCCACCCGGGAGAUCGUCCGGUUGGAGCAGUUUUGUCAGCCCAUGCAUCCGCUACUUCUAGCGAGAGCUAAAGCCAUGACUACAGAGUUCGCCGAAGUUGAAAAAAAGAUGUCGCUGGGCACCUUCGAUCUGGAUACCAGCAUCCGUUUCUCGAACCUUUCGGUGAUCUUGGACAAUUAUCACAAGUACCAGAGUGAAAUAGAUAACUUGGCUAGUUUGGUAGACAUCAUCAAUGAAGAAAGUGAUCAGGAGUUGGUUGAUGAGGCUCAAAUAGAACUACAAGAAGCUGUACCCUCGUUGGUGAAAACCAGCCAAGUUCUCCAGAAAAGACUCUUGCCUCCCAUCUUGCACAACGACAAACCAGCCAUUUUGGAGCUCAGACCUGGCGUGGGGGGCUCGGAGGCUGGUCUUUUCACCCAGGACUUGCUCAACAUGUAUAUCAACUACGCCAACUUCAUGCGGUGGCCUUAUACGAUUCUUAGUGAGAGCAGCAGUGGAAACGGAUUUCUCAAUGAGGCGAUUGUGAGUAUCGACGCUCCCGGAGCCUACAAUAGUUUGAGACAUGAAAGUGGAGUCCAUCGAGUGCAGAGAAUCCCAGCUACCGAGGCAAAGGGCCGUAUCCACACAUCCACAGCCGCCGUGGUGGUUUUGCCCAAGAUGUCUGAUGGUACAGAGCAAUCAUUGCGUGAAGAUGAGAGGCUGUUUGCUCCAGGCGAAGUGAGAAUCGAUACCAUGAGAUCAGGAGGAAAAGGUGGACAGCAUGUGAACACUACGGACUCGGCAGUGCGGUUAGUGCACAUUCCUACGGGAAUUAUGGUUGUUCAGCAAGAUGAGCGGUCCCAGCCAAAGAAUAAGGCCAAGGCAUUUCUGAUUUUAAGGGCCAGAUUGGCUCAGUUGGAAAGAGAACAGGAAAUUGCCGAGCAGAAGAAGCUCAGAACAGACCAGGUAACCACCACUGAUCGGUCGGAUAAAAUUAGAACCUAUAAUUAUCCGCAGAAUAGAGUUACAGACCAUCGGUGUGGAUAUUCCAUUCAUGAUCUUCCGGGUUUUAUGGCUGGACCCAAAUUGGAAGAGAUGAUGGAGAAGUUGGACGAGCACGAGUUUGAAGAAAGACUACAGAUGCUCAUCCAGUCUAGUAAAUAG